AUGUGCUUGAUUGUCGAUGAAGAGAGUGUGGAAUCCGUUAUUUCUACAGACUCCCAUGUACCCUUCGUCAAGGCCGUCGGUGUCAUUCUUGGCACGGAUGCGGAAUCAGCCUUCCCACGGGUUAUCAAGGUCGUCAUUACCUCCUUGCUUGCCAGGUUUUACCCGGCUCUCGCCAAAUGUGAUACUGUAUGGGACAUUGCGCCAGACAAUGGUAUUAUUUAG